GCGCACGUUGGCGGCGGCGGCGGCGGUUCCUGCUGGGGGUUGCUAGCGGCUGGCGGCUCCGAGGGGAGCGACGACGCUGAGGGUCUCACAGGUGGCGGCUGCGGCGGCUCACCACGAGGCUCGCGGCGAGGCUCGCAGCACGGCUCGCGCCUCUGUGGGCGUUUCAGUCCAGUCCAGGGGCGCAGACGAGGUGACGGCUGCGGCCGGAGGCCGGCGGCCUAGGCCUCAGCGCGGCGGCGGGCUCGAGUGCGACGCGGAGACGGCCUGCGGGCCCUGUGCGGCGGCACCAUGAGCGUGGAGGCGUACGGGCCCAGCUCGCAGACGCUCACCUUCCUGGACACUGAGGAGGCCGAGCUUCUCGGCGCCGACACGCAGGGCUCCGAGUUCGAGUUCACCGACUUCACUCUACCCAGCCAGACGCAGACGCCUCCCGGAGGCCCCGGUGGCCCCGGAGGUGGCGGCCCGGGGGUCCCGGUCGGCGCGGGUGCGGGCGCUGCGGCGGGACAGCUCGAUGCCCAGGUUGGAGGACCUGAGGGCAUCCUGCAGAAUGGGGCCGUGGAUGACAGCGUGGCCAAGACUAGCCAGUUGCUGGCCGAGUUGAACUUCGAAGAGGAUGAAGAGGAUACCUAUUACACAAAGGACCUACCGGUACAUGCCUGCAGUUACUGCGGAAUACAUGAUCCUGCUUGCGUGGUUUACUGUAAUACCAGCAAGAAGUGGUUCUGUAAUGGGCGUGGAAAUACUUCUGGCAGCCACAUUGUAAAUCACCUUGUGAGGGCAAAAUGCAAAGAGGUGACUCUGCACAAGGAUGGGCCCCUUGGGGAGACGGUCCUGGAGUGUUACAACUGUGGCUGCCGCAACGUCUUCCUCCUCGGCUUCAUCCCCGCCAAGGCUGACUCUGUGGUGGUGCUGUUGUGCAGGCAGCCCUGUGCCAGUCAGAGCAGCCUCAAGGACAUCAACUGGGACAGCUCGCAGUGGCAGCCCCUGAUCCAGGAUCGCUGCUUCCUGUCCUGGCUGGUCAAGAUCCCUUCAGAGCAGGAGCAGCUGCGGGCCCGGCAGAUUACUGCCCAGCAGAUCAACAAGCUUGAGGAGCUGUGGAAGGAGAAUCCUUCUGCUACCUUGGAGGAUCUGGAGAAGCCGGGGGUGGACGAGGAACCGCAGCAUGUCCUCCUGCGGUAUGAGGAUGCCUACCAGUACCAGAACAUAUUCGGGCCUCUGGUCAAGCUGGAGGCUGACUAUGACAAGAAGUUGAAAGAGUCCCAGACUCAAGAUAACAUCACGGUCAGGUGGGACCUGGGCCUUAACAAGAAGAGAAUCGCCUACUUCACUUUACCCAAGACUGACUCUGGUAAUGAGGAUUUAGUCAUAAUUUGGUUAAGAGACAUGCGGCUCAUGCAGGGGGAUGAGAUAUGCCUGCGGUACAAAGGGGAUCUGGCUCCCCUGUGGAAAGGGAUCGGCCACGUCAUCAAGGUCCCUGAUAAUUAUGGUGAUGAAAUUGCCAUUGAGCUGCGGAGCAGUGUGGGUGCACCUGUGGAGGUGACACAUAACUUCCAGGUGGAUUUUGUGUGGAAAUCCACCUCAUUUGAUAGGAUGCAGAGUGCACUGAAGACCUUUGCUGUGGAUGAGACCUCGGUGUCGGGCUAUAUCUACCACAAACUGCUCGGCCAUGAGGUGGAGGAUGUGAUCAUCAAGUGCCAGCUGCCCAAGCGCUUCACAGCACAGGGGCUGCCUGACCUCAACCACUCUCAGGUUUACGCCGUGAAGACUGUGCUGCAGAGACCACUGAGCCUGAUCCAGGGACCACCAGGAACAGGGAAGACUGUGACCUCAGCCACCAUUGUCUACCACCUGGCACGGCAGGGCAACGGGCCUGUGCUCGUCUGUGCUCCAAGUAACAUAGCUGUGGAUCAGCUGACUGAGAAGAUCCACCAGACAGGACUGAAAGUCGUUCGGCUUUGCGCUAAGAGCCGUGAAGCCAUCGAUUCCCCGGUGUCAUUCCUGGCCCUGCACAACCAGAUCAGGAACAUGGAUAGCAUGCCAGAGCUCCAGAAGCUGCAGCAGCUCAAGGACGAGACUGGGGAGCUGUCGUCUGCUGAUGAGAAGCGAUACCGAGCCCUGAAGCGCACAGCUGAAAGGGAGCUGCUCAUGAACGCAGAUGUCAUCUGCUGCACGUGUGUGGGUGCAGGAGACCCCAGGCUCGCCAAGAUGCAAUUCCGCUCCAUUCUAAUCGACGAGAGCACCCAGGCCACAGAGCCAGAGUGCAUGGUCCCUGUGGUCCUUGGAGCCAAGCAGCUGAUCCUCGUGGGUGACCACUGCCAGCUGGGCCCUGUGGUGAUGUGCAAGAAGGCAGCCAAGGCAGGGCUGUCUCAGUCGCUGUUUGAACGCCUGGUGGUGCUGGGCAUUCGUCCAAUCCGCCUGCAAGUCCAGUAUCGGAUGCACCCUGCACUCAGUGCCUUCCCAUCCAACAUCUUCUAUGAGGGAUCUCUGCAGAACGGUGUCACUGCAGCGGAUCGAGUGAAGAAGGGGUUUGACUUCCAGUGGCCCCAACCUGAUAAGCCAAUGUUCUUCUAUGUGACCCAGGGCCAGGAAGAGAUAGCCAGCUCGGGUACCUCCUACCUGAACAGGACGGAGGCUGCAAACGUGGAGAAGAUCACCACGAAGCUGCUGAAGGCAGGCGCCAAGCCGGACCAGAUUGGUAUCAUCACACCUUAUGAGGGCCAGCGGUCCUACCUGGUGCAGUACAUGCAGUUCAGUGGCUCCCUGCACACCAAGCUAUACCAGGAGGUGGAAAUUGCCAGCGUGGAUGCAUUCCAGGGACGUGAGAAGGACUUCAUCAUCCUCUCCUGCGUGAGAGCCAACGAGCACCAAGGCAUUGGGUUUUUAAACGACCCCAGGCGGCUUAACGUGGCCUUGACCCGAGCAAGAUAUGGGGUCAUCAUUGUAGGCAACCCCAAGGCUCUGUCCAAGCAGCCACUGUGGAACCACCUGCUGAAUUACUAUAAGGAGCAGAAAGUGCUGGUGGAGGGGCCCCUGAACAACCUGCGGGAGAGUCUCAUGCAGUUCAGCAAGCCCCGGAAGCUGGUCAACACCAUCAACCCUGGAGCCCGCUUCAUGACUACAGCCAUGUACGAUGCCCGGGAGGCCAUCAUCCCAGGAUCAGUCUACGACCGGAGCAGCCAGGGACGUCCCUCAAACAUGUACUUCCAGACCCACGACCAGCUUGGCAUGAUCAGUGCUGGCCCCAGCCACGUGGCCGCCAUGAACAUUCCCAUCCCCUUCAACCUGGUUAUGCCACCAAUGCCACCCCCAGGGUACUUUGGGCAGGCUAAUGGGCCAGCUGCAGGCCGGGGCACCCCCAAAGGUAAGACGGGUCGUGGAGGACGUCAGAAGAACCGGUUUGGGCUUCCUGGGCCCAGCCAGACGAACCUGCCCAGCAGCCAGGCCAGCCAGGAUGUGGCAUCGCAGCCCUUCUCUCAGGGUGCCCUGACGCAGGGCUACAUCUCCAUGAGCCAGCCCUCCCAGAUGAGCCAGCCUGGCCUCUCCCAGCCUGAGCUGUCCCAGGACAGUUACCUUGGUGAUGAGUUUAAGUCCCAGAUUGAUGUGGCGCUGUCGCAAGACUCUACGUACCAGGGAGAGCGGGCAUACCAGCAUGGUGGAGUGACGGGGCUGUCCCAGUACUAGAAGGUGGUGGCAGAAGAGCUAAGCUAUGUGGCUUAGUCCAUCAGCAUCUUACUCUGGGUAAUAAAAAAUAAAAAUAAAAGGAUACCUGUUUUCCACUGCUAAAACUGAAGCACCACUGUGAGCAACAGGAGAGGGAGAGGAGCACCCGAGGGAGAGCAGCCCGAGAUAGUGCCCACUGCUGGCACUGCGGCGAGGAGACAGAGGGAGAGCGGAGGUGGGGCCGGCCCUCCCGAGAGCCCUGGAGAGCCCUGCAGCCCGCUCGCCACGGAGGCCCAGCUCGCCGUGUCUAUACCUGGGUCUUCGACCAGGUGGAGGGAGGAAGACCCUCAUCUCAGAGUAGCCCUUUCCUCUGUUCUUUCUUUCUUUUUCUCUUUUAUUGAAAGGGGACUACGUUUUACCAGGAACAACUCGCAUUUCUGUGCUGAGCAGGCUCCUUACAGCUGUGCUUGGAGAGCCCCACCGAGGCGUGGGUUCCGUCCAUGCCGUCUGAGACCUCGCAGUCACGCUGCCUGUGUGCUAGAGGGUUUUCAUUUAAAGAAAAUACGGUGUUUGGGGUUUUCUGUUUGUUUUUUAAAAGAUUAUUUCAAAGGAGUACUGAAAAAUAUACUGAGUUCAUCUCUCAAAUCUUAGUGGUUGGACCUGGGAGAUGCAAGAAGCUUCCAGAAACGAAGUUUAAUCGAGCCACAUGGUUAGGAUGAACACCUGUGACGUGAUUGCGGAGAGGAAGAUUUUUGUUUCCCGUUUCGUUUCUAGCAGCUUCUCCCUGUGCAUCAGGGCAGUGAAGAAAUGUCACUUGGGCCCAUGGGCCCCACUGGACUCCAGAGAAGAAAGGCACUUCUCACAUAUAGUGGACUCAGUCCCCUGAAGGGCCUGGGCAGAGCUAGCCCUGAGGCCAGAGGGCAGGAAGGUGGUUGUUCCUCGCCCAGUGUCUUCUUCCCCAGGGUCCUUCCUGAGGAUUUGGCAGAAGACAUCAGCUAAGAUCUUUAUCCAGGGAGGCACCCUCAGCCCCUGCAGCCAUCAGAGAAGCUGAGCACCUUGCCCCCCUUAUCCUCCACCCCACUCCCAGACUUGGAGCCCUUCUAUCUGUGUGCAUAGCUUCAAUGAGUUGGGGUGGUUUCUACUUUUAUUUGGGAAAAGAAGUUUCAGAAAUAAGUUGAUUCUGUGCUGAAGGUGCGUGGAGGAGUAUGUCACUUCAGCUGAUACAGACGGGCAUUGACCUGGGUCUACAUUGAGGAAAUUCUUAUAGUUGGGAAAGGCCCUCUGAGGGUAGGUGUUAGUCUCCUUGGUGACCAUCCAGUUGAGGACCGUUUCCUGCCUACCCAGGUCCUAGUGACAGUGAUGCCCUAGCAUCCUUUCCCCAUGCGCCUGGCACUGGCCCUUAUUCUAAAGCCUCCAGGUGCCAUCUGGUAAAUGGAGACAGGGAUACACAGGCACCUUCUGGCAAGCCCUCUUAUUCCCAUUGCUAGGCUUUUGGUCCCCUUUUGGUAGGCCGCCUGGAGGCAUUGGGCUUGGAUAGGCUUCUGCUGCGACCCUUUGUGCCUGUCCACCUCCCUGUUCCUUCCUUGGAGUGCUCUACCUCGCCCUUUGCUGUUGGCUUUGUUCACCUUCUAGCAGCAGUUACUUUGAGUUUUCCAAAUCAAGGAACAUCUGUACUAAGGCAAUGUCACUUCUGAUUUUUGGUCAAUUUGUUUUAAGCUCUUUUGUCACCAAUAAAAUGUUAAAACAA